AUGUCCGAAUACGCCAAAGAGCUGAAUGCCAUCAUUAUCGGCGCUGGUCCCGCCGGUAUUGCGAUGGCAUACAGACUGAAGCAUGACCUCAAGUUUGACGACUUUACUGUCUACGAGAAACUGGAUGGGGUUGGUGGAACUUGGAGAGCUAACACCUAUCCCGGUUGCGGUUGCGAUCUCCCUUCCCAUCUUUAUUCUUUCAGCUUCAAUCUCAAUCCCAACUGGUCGAAGGAGCUUUGUGAACAGCCCGAGAUUCUUCAAUACAUGGAGGACACCGUCGAUAAAUUCGAUCUACGCAAGCACGUCCACUCGUCGGUCGAAUGCGUUGGCGCAACAUGGCACAACGACAAAAGCAAAUGGGAAGUUCGCCUGAAGGAUCUCGGGACAAAAUUGGAGUUUUCUCGAUUUGCAUCGGUUUUUGUCUCCGCCGUGGGAGCAAUUUCCUUCCCUCGUGAUGUCAAGUUUCCAGAGAUGGAAAAGUUCCAGGGUCCUAUGUUUCACACUGCACGAUGGGAUCAUUCAGUGAAAUACAAAGGAAAACGUGUUGCCGUCAUUGGAAACGGAUGCAGCGCAGCUCAAGUUGUCCCUGCUGUUGCCAAAGAUGCUGGUUCUGUCACGCAGUUCGCUCGUAGUGGCCAAUGGUUCCACGCUCGUCCCAAUCGCCCAUACAGCGAGUUUGACAAGUUCAUUUUCCGCUGGCUACCUCUGCGACUGCGUUUGCUCCGCCUGCGUAUCUUCCUUAAUGCCGACGAGGAGACAACCACUUACUUUCCGACACCCAAAGGCCUCAAAAUACGCAAGGCCACAGAAGAAGAGUCCAAAAAAUACAUCCGAUCCGUGGCACCCCAGAAGUAUUGGGACUCAAUAAUUCCUACGUUUCCUCUUGGGUGCAAGCGCCGCAUCUUUGACCCAGACUAUCUCGAGUCUUUGAACUUUCCAAACGUCGAGCUCAUCCCCGAGGGCAUCAAAGAGUUCACGGAAACCGGCAUUAUAAGCAGUUCGGGUAUUUCUAAUGAUUUUGAUAUCAUUGUUUUGGCUACGGGAUUCCAGGUUGCCCAAUUUCUUGUGCCAAUGCACAUUAUUGGCGCGCAUGGAAAACCUUUGCAGGAACAGUGGAACGAAUGCCGCGGUGCUCAAGCCUACCUAGGCACGCACGUCCAUAAUUUCCCCAACCUAGCCAUCUUGUUUGGUCCUAACACAUUCCCUGCCAACAACUCCGCUUUGUUUGCCUGUGAAACUCAGGUUGACUACGCAAUCAAGUCCCUCUUCAAGCCCCUUCUAGAUCGUCGAGCUUCAAUCAUCGAAGUCAAGCAAGCAGCCGAAGAUCGCUCGACAAACGCCAUUCACAAGGAACUUGCCGACACUGUGUUUGCUGGUGACUGCUCCAACUGGUACAUUGGCAACUUUGGCCGCAACGCAGCAUCCUGGCCAGGUCUUGCUCGCUCUUACUGGGCUGCAACGUACUUUCCGGAUUGGUCUGCCUUUAACAUGAGCGGUGGUAGUUUAUUCUGGCCUUUCUAUCGCGUGAGUCGCUGGUUCAGAACACUGUCUUCGUUGACAAAGGCUUUUAUUGGCCUUGGAAUCUUGCUGGGACUAAGCCAGCCUUCCGUUCUGGCUUCCCGUUCACAAAGUAUCAUUCAAAGCUUGACGAAUUUCGUACAGUAA